AUGAGCUUCUCCCGCGUCUUCUCCAACAGAGAAGCUGGGGCCUCUAGAAGUGGCGGGUCUUUGCCAGUUCCCUCCCUCUUCUGGGGCCGCGGGGGGCGGGGGUGGCAAAAAACGGAGGUAAAGGGAAGCGUCCCCAACCACGCACACACACCCCUCCCCACUUGGCUUUCCGCGCAGUCCCGAGUGGGAAGGGACCGACGACCGGAUCCGAUCGUGGCCAGUCUUGCCGCAGCUUGUUGCGGAGCAGAGCGCCCCGGCGGCGAAGGGAUCAUGGACUCGGCGGGCCCGGAGGAAUUCGAGCUGAACGGGGAGGUGGGGGCUGUCGAGAGGCUUCCUUCCCGCUGGAGGUUGGGAGGCCGCCCGAUCAACGUGAACCAUUAUGCCAACAAGAAGAGCGCAGCAGAGAGCAUGUUGGACAUUGCCUUGUUGAUGGCCAAUGCAUCCCAGCUGAAGGCAGUGAUAGAGCAAGGACCAUCCUUCUCAUUCUUCACCCCACUUAUCGUACUCAUCAGCAUCUCUCUGGUGCUCCAGGUGGGAGUGGGGGUGCUUCUAAUAUUCCUUGUAAAGCAUGACCUUAAUAAUCCUGCAAAGCACGCAAAACUGGAUUUCCUCAACAACUUGGCAACAGGACUGGUGUUCGUCAUUGUGGUCGUCAAUAUCUUUAUCACCGCCUUUGGGGUGCAGAAACCAGUACCAGACAUGUCCCCCAAGCUGUAGAAAUUUCACAGAACAUCCAACUGGUACUUUUUCACUGCCCCUUGGCGCCUGGAAGUCAAGAAAGUCUGGGCCAACGUAGAAAUCCCCAAUGAAAGCCAAGGAUGAAGAGGUCGGCAUUCCCUAGGCCGCAUCCACUCUCACUAUUUCUUGCCACCAGAACAGAUCUUUCUGUUUCUGGAUUUUCCAGCCUCAAAACUAAUUUUGACUGUGUAACAUAUUUGAUACUACUUGGAAAAAUGAGUACUGAAGAUAAAAAGGAGUCAGUGUAAAAAAGGUCUUUUUGGGAUUCAAAGACUCUGUACUUUUACCUUCAUAGAAGCUUGCUACAAGUCAGGGCAUCAAUCAGAAAGGUGACUGAAUAGCCAGCAUUUAGGAUAUUGCUUUCUGUGCCUUCGGAUUGCUGAUGAUUAAGAAGCUGCUCAACAACUACAACAACAAAAAGGAGAAUCAUUUUCUCUGUAUAAACCAAGGGCUUCCCUGUCCUCCUAUCCCUCAGUUGCGUUGUCAUAUCUCUGCUAUUAGAGUUACAAGCUGUUCUAGGGUGUCCUCAGAGAACCAGAAGAAUCGCCUGUAAAGUUCAGCAUUCCUCAUUUUUUGAACUUCUUCUAAUUCAUGCUGAAGGCUGUCUGAAGAAAAAAAUACCUUCAAUCAGGAAAACUGCUUGCAAGAAUUUACGCUGCUGGAGCCUGUAACCAGAUUCCCCAUGCCUCUCUCCUCUCCCCACCACUCCCCCUCCCCCCGAAAACCAUCCCCCCCAAAUUUAAAAACAAACAAAAAGCAUUAUAAUUAGUGGAUCUGGGACCUGCCUGCUGUAAUACAAAGGACAAAGCAUCACUAGUUGUCCUUUAGCUUCCAAAGUUUGUUGUUUUAUAUUAGAAUGAAACUUUCUGUAGACAUUGAAAAAAAUCAAAAUACCAGUUUGUUUCUGGUUAAAAGUCCAAAUCAUUUUGUAAUGAAAUAGCAAACAGAGAUUAUCAUCACCUAUUUCUUGGAACAUUCAGAUGAUUCUAUUUCCUUGCAAUGGACUGACCUUUUUUAAAGACAUAAAUAGCUAUCAGGUGCCUACCUUUGUUAUGUUUGUACAUGCACAACUGAAUGCAACUUGGUCAAUUCACUGAUGGGAGACUGUAGAUUGUCUUCAAGUGAAGCUCAUUUUUUCUUUUCCAGUCAGUAAUCUGCCAGUGUGCAGAGGUGGUAGAAUGUGUCAAAGCAUGGCAUUUUAGGCUAUGUGAGCUACAAACAUUCCCUAUUGCUCUGCUGAAGAACCUUCUUGGUUGAGGAUUAUGGUCAUUUAGUACAAUUCAUUCAUGUAGCAAAGUCUGUGAACAUGAGGUCAUCCAAUGGAAAAACCUCUGGACUAGGAAUCGGGCUUUCUCUUCCCCAUUCUGCCUCUUUGCUAUUUGUUUCAUUCCGUCUAACCAUAGUGGUAAGGUUCAAAUGGGCUAUUUCUCCAUUUGUAAAAUGGGAAAUGUAAUACCCGUCUGCCCUUACCUCAAAGAGCAAUUAUGAAGGCUCUGGACAUCAGUAAAUGCCUUCCAACCAGUGCUCUUUAAAAGCAGUAUUAUUCUUCAACAUUUGUGAGGGAGACAGAGUUUCAUUGGUCAAUCGCUUGAUCUUACUACAGGUCUUUGUCACUUUGGGGGCUAGUGACAAGAGAGAAAAAAUCCACCCUCUUGGAAACAAGACCACAAUUAUUUCAUAGAACUCUAGUUCUCAUUUACUCUUCAGUCUUAAUCAAUGAUGUUUAUUGCAUCUUCUCUAACAAUAAAGAGAUGGUUCAAUUGGCCUGUUUCUAAUUCCUCCUGAAACCAUUCCCAGACCCUAAAGCCUUUUCUCCAGUGGUUCGCAGCUUCAGAUCAGUGCCUCUUGUUUCUGAAGUGGCUCCAAAGCACCAGGAGCCAGGCUCUCACUUAAAACUUAUGUUCCCUAAUUCCCAGCCUCCACUCAGUUGAAUCUCUUGUUUCCAUUUGCCCAGAUCUUUUUCUUUCCUGUUUGCUUCCUCACAGAUAACUUGUGACUGCUCCUUUUUUCCCCUCUGCUAUGGUUCAGCUAUUGGCCUCUGCUAUUUCAGUGUCUCUUCCUCUCCUUUUCCCCUUUACCUAUCUAUUGUUUCAUUUUCUUCUGGAGAUGAAUGGCAGAUUGCUCCUUUUCUCUCCACAAAUUGUCCUCCAUCUCCUGUGGUAUGUCUUUAUAGAUCUUGGUACCCAUUUUCUGAUCAAACACUUUCCUUUCUUUUGCUUGUUAAAUACAGUUGAAAAUAAUGUUCACUGAGCUAGCUGCUGCUAUCAUUUUUGGCUGCAACCAACCAACCCAGAAGCAAUCGUAUUUUCACUAGGUAUCUGAGAGCUCUUCCUCUUCUGCCAUUCCUUCUUUUCUUUUUGCCCUCUACAAUUAGAGAAGUGGGGGGAAAAAAAGUGAAACCAUAGGCACCAAUACAAGAAAACUAUUUUUACAAAGGUCUAUUUGUAUAAACUUUUGAAGGAGAGCAUGUGGAAGUGCUCUCCAUUCAAAGGGUUCCAUUUUUCCUUUCCCCAUACCGGUAAUAAAUCCAGAUUCACACGUUUUGCACAGACAGAAAUCCUUUUUGAAGAAGUUAAUGGCUCGGGCUCAAUGAAAACAAGACAACCUUUCAGAAAUGAAUGUCAUUACAAUUAUGCAUACUACCAGUUUUUCAUUUUUAAAUCAUGCCUUUUCUAGGGAGAAAGAAAAAGAUGGUCUGGAAUAUCAGUAAGUGUUCAAAUAAAUACCACUGAUUGGUUAUUUUAACAGGUGACUUGGAAUUGCAUGGAGAGCUAGUAUAAUUGUACCUUAUAACUGCUAAGAAAAGGCUUUUAAAAAUAGUUAUAUAUGUUUUUCAUGCUGUAUGUAGUAUCCUGGGGGAGGGGAGGGAGGACUUAAUAAAUAGUCAACAUUUGAUUGAAUCAAUUUAGAGCAGUUUCAAUGUAUUAUUUUUGCAUAUAUAAAUUCAAUGAAAAGUCCAAAACCCUCCAUUCAACUGGCAGGCUUGUAAAUCUCAGGUUGAACAACUUCCAAAGGUGCCAAAUGAACUGAAAAUUUAGGCACUUCCUACAACACUGUGAUGAAAUUGUAAUGUUCCAGUGUGUCUCUAUGCAAACAGUCUCUGAUGUUGUCAUUGGAAUGGUUCAGGUUGAUAAUAUGCCAUUUUCCCCUGGAAAUUAGUCCUUCCCAGAUGUCUUGUAAGAUCUCAACUAUUCAGAUGUUUGCUUUAACUAGAUGGUUAUGUCUAAGAUCUUUCCUGCCUGUCCCCUGAAUCAACAGUUAUUCCUAGACAAGAGUUCUGGUACAGUCCAAGCAUUAAUAGUAAAAAAAGUUGAGAAACCUUAGAGUAAGAUUGACUGCCACUCAUGCCUACAGCAACAGUCUGCUCUCUGGAAAGUAAAGGAUGGCUAAGAGUUAAUAGAAGCCAUUCAAAUUAUUAUCUUUAGCCAAUUGCAAAUCUUCAGGAACAACUUUAUAUUUGAGCUGCCUCAAUUUGGCUAUUAAUUCACCUAAGUGACAAGAGCCAUGUGUACUGAGUUAAAGUAACCUGUGUAUCCUCCAAACACACAAUUUAUUUGAUGCAAUCAUGUGGCAAACGAAGUGUGAAAACGCAUUGGCUAAUAACUUGAUACGUUCACCUUAGUAAGGCAAACAAUUUACUGAGAAAACCAGGUGCAGACUGAGGUUUGUCCACCGGAAAUUGAUUGUGGCAGAUCAUGAUUUAUUUGGUUCUAUUUCAUCAGGCUGGGUGAGGUGCCAGAAUUCUAUAAGUGUGAUUUUGUUUCAUUAACCCAGGAUUUUUGUGUGCAAUGGCAUAUAUAGAGUUUAUGUAUACAACACAAUGUAAUGGGAACUUCUCAACUGCCCUAGGCAGCUCAGGAUGACUAGAAUAUAACUUAAGACCUGGAUGUAUUUUGGGGGUUUUUUUGUUUGUUUCACAUCCACAUCUUUUAUUCUGACUGUGUCAACCUACAUUAUUUAUCAAGCCCAGCAUGGAAAUGCAUGGACCCUCCAUGUAGAUAGUUGGGAUUGAAGCAUUUUCUUAUGCUCAGCUCAGCAAAGUUGAAGGUCUGUGAUCAACAGGCUUCUCCCCUGUGACAUUUAUCAGUCCAAUGACCCAAGCAAGAUAGGCCUUCUCCUCUUUCUGUACACUAUCAGCAAUCAUGCACCUGUCUCUAUUUUGCUCUGUUCAUAGAGCACAAUUUUUGAAGUAGUAGAACUCAAGGCAAUUUAUGUAAUAAAGAUGAUAUAUGAUU